CUGGAUUCAGCCGUAAAAAAGAUCUGUAUCUACAGCCUGGCACAACCUGCACUCCUUUAGAAACGCUAACAAACGAGGCAUGAUUUACCUCUUGAAGUCCAAGGGCUGACGCCUGGCGACAGGAUGGUUCUAGCCUGAGUCGAUUUGUUCUGUAACAUUUUUCAAGUGGCCACUUCUUUGGACAAGAUCUGUGAACACCGUUCCUUGCGUGAAAAGUGCUGUGGAGGGACGAUGUCUUGGAAAGACCUCCAAAAGACAGCCUUCUUGUGCUGUCUAUGUCUGCUGUGCUGCACGAAGACAGGACAACGCAGCACGGACGCUCAGGCGACCACAGUAUGGUGCCCAGCAAGCAGACACCCAGUUGAGAAGGAAUGAAAUUCCUCCUGAAAGUGAUGACCUUCAGAGUCCUGCCUCGCAAGAAGCGGGUACUGGGCCAGUUCCCAGUCCACAGCGAAGCUGGUGGAGUUCAGUGUGGCCCUUCAGUUGGGUUUUCCCAGAUGAAAGCGGGCAGAAGCGCCCGGGCUACAGGUGGGACAAAUUCCUGACGUCCCGCCACGACUCAGAGGCAGAGAUUGCAGCAGAAGACGCAGCAAAGGCCAAGCUGCAGCAUGGUCCCCAGAGACAUGCGCCAGAUCAGCAGGAGCAAGACGAUGCUUUUCAGCAGAGGCAGCUCCUGCCACUGUGGCUUAGGCCUGCUGACAUCCAGAGCAGCGCAGCUGAUGCGCGCGCGAUUGGCAGCUAUGAGGACACCAUAGAGGAACUGCAGCGCAUGGCGUUUCCCAGUCAGCAGGCAGCAGAGCUGGAUUCUGGCGGGGAGUUGAGUACUGAUGUUGGGCCGCUGACGCCGUACAAUGAGUCAGCGCUGACGCCGCUGAUCCCCACAGCAGUGAUGUGGCUGGUGGCGGAAGCCGAGGAGAAGCUGCGCAAUGACUCCUGGCUCAAUCUGGACCUGGCCAUCAGCCUGGCCCGUCUGCAGAGCGUUGCCUACUGCCACUUUCCCAAUGUCCAGGCCUGGAAUUGCUCCAGGUGUCACGGCAAGGCGGCGAACUUCCAGGUGGAGCGCAUAGUGUAUGACGAGGGGUGGGACCUGUUUGGGUACGCUGGCUGGGACCCGCGGCUGCAGGCGAUGGUGGUGUCCUUCCGGGGCACGGACAGCCACUCCAUCUACAACUGGGCCGAGAACAUGCGCUACUGGCGCACCGACUUUAAAGUCCCCUUCCCCGGCUCCGACGGCUCCAAGGUCCACACCGGCUUCUACGUGUCGUACAACAACAGCAGCCUGGAGCCCAACAUAACGGCGGCCGUGCGCAACAUGGCGGCCGCGCACCCGGGCGCGCCGUUGUAUGUGAUCGGUCACUCGAUGGGCGCCGCGCUCGCCACCAUCUGCGCCAUGGACGUCAAGUUCAAGGCCAAUCUGACCGAUGUUCAUUUGUACACCUUUGGGUCGCCGCGCGUCGGCAACGAUGUCUUCGCGUCCUUCGUCGUCAACCAGACCACGGAGAGCUGGCGAUUCACGCACAACCGGGACAUAGUGCCGUCGUGGCCGCCGCAGUGGGUCGGCUUCCACCACCUUCCGCGCGAAGUCUGGCAGGUCGACUUUGGCGUCGCCGGGGUGCUGGGCGUGUGCAACAAGGAGGGGGAGGAUCCGCGGUGCCACAACAGCGUGUGCUACCUGGGCCUCUGCACCAGCGUGGCCGACCACCUCCUCUACCUCGGCUCCCACAUGUACAAUGGCCACCCCAGCUGCUAA